GACUAAGCAAACGGGUCUUCAGUCUGGAGUUUGGACGUGUGUGUCCCGUUAAUGCACAAGACUAAAUCGGAUUCACAUUAAAAGCUUUGACGAGAGAAAGCCAUAUCGGCUUCAGAUGAAUCACUGAAAGUAGCGACGGGUAAUCGGAAGAAAUUACGUCAAUAGAAAUUGCAUUGAAAGAGUAGAGCAAAUAAGCAGACCAACAUGUGCGCAAACAUAACAAGUGAGGUCGAGAGCGUCCGUCUGGAACGACCUCGCAGGAGCUCAGCACGUGACAUGCCCAGCUUUGGCUUCGCGACCAGGGGCACCUUCUCGGCCGCUCUGAACCUCCUGGCCACACGAGCUGCCCUGAAGCGGCCACCGCCUCCUCCGCCAGAGCAGAGAGGGCCCUGGGACAUAAAACCCCUGGACUUUAGCCCUCGUCUCUACCGGCCUCAAGGCGUCCACCACAAGCGCCAGGCACCGAAGCAAGAGAGGAGCUCUCUUGGGUUGGGACGAAAACAUGCAGGAGAUGGCAGCGUGCCACGCAAGGGGGCCAGGUCGCUGGGGGACUUUCUGGCAGUGAAGGGUCCACAGUUCGUGCCACCCAAGCCCUGGCAAAGCGAGCGACCACAGCGGCCGCCCUUUGCGAGGACCUUCCCACCCAUUUGCCCUUUGCAGGAACGCGUCAUAGUGGCCACCCAUGGGACAAUCCCCAAGGACAAAUACAAAAACCCGAGACCGCACGACUUUCGUCAGUAUCCCGACAUAAAGGAACUGGGGUUGCCGGAAUUUGUGAGUUCUGGGAACAUAAACCAACAAAGACCCGAUGCGAGUACACACCCAGCUGCACAUCACCUGCUGGAUCAGGGAGUCCGUGCUGGGACCGUCCGUGCGACGCGAGCGCUCGUGCCGAGCAGAGACGAAGACGCGAGGUCCCGCUGGGAUGCGAGCAUCACGCGACCUUUGCCCCCAUGGGAGGGUCAUCUCAUGCUGCCAACGGAGCCGUGGCCACCGCGCCCUGCCUCAUACACGAGAUUCCGGCGAAGACGCAGUGCGCAUAGUGCCCUACUGGAGCGAGUUCAUGACAAAUUUUCACAAAUAUGGCAACAGGAGCGAUGUCCCGCGGGAAGAAAAAAAGAGACAGAUCAGCCCUCGACUAAAACUAUGAAUGUCAAAUGAAAAAAAAAAUGAAAAUCCCAUUACAAAACUGACGGAUCAUUAGUCUUUUCAAAACACUACACCGUUCCAUCGUUAGCCUGACGUAGAAAAGCAACGAGAAACGACAUUUCGUACCCGAUGCUCUCAAUUGAGCCCAUUAUUAGUUUAAUAGGCGACAAAAGCGUCGUCAAAAUGACAGCGGCUUGGGCGGAAGAGCGUUCUGCGGAAAUGGUGAAAUUGUCUUAAAACUUUUUUUUCAUUUUCUUCCGCAAUGAGGCACAUAAUAUACAGCGAAGAAUAUAUAUUCCUACACCCAACAUGUAUCUAGAAUAAUAACUUUGGUGAGGUUAAGAAAGAAAAAAAGAUCGCCUACCGUUUCCUGGACAGCCGCGUGGUGGCGCUUUGACAAAGCGUUCUGCCGUGCGCGCGCGAAGCGACGAAACGACUUCUCUGUAACAUUUAACGUUGCGAGAGACCUUUAAAAAAAACUGGAAUAUGUUGUAAUGUUCUCGGUGAUUGUAUGAUCACUUUAGCACGCGCUUGCAUCGCAAUACUCCAAUUCGCAUUGAUGUCCAGGGGAACGUUACGCUGUUUGAAACGCGCGUGCGAAGGAUGACGCUGCGAGAUGUUUGUGCGAAUAACCCGAGAGAUUGACUGCAGCAGAGAGAUAAUGACAAGGGAUGGAUGGUGCUUUAAGAAGAAAUGUAAAGGAGGAGAAAAUAAACUGUUAUCCCACUUUACAAAAAAAAUGUAUACGAAUCAAAAGUGAAUGUCAGCAAACUUGAACUCGUGUGCGACGCCUCUGAUGUUGAACUGUAAAUAUUGUUGUUAUUAAA